AUGUUCACCGAUAGUGAAUCACUCGAAUGUCAAAGGAUUGUUAGUCAACUAUAUGAAACUGCUAUGAAGGGAUUAAAUGUAUAUAAUUUAUAUUCUGAAUGUGCUGGUGGUGUUCAAAUGUCAUCUUUCAACCAAAAUCGUCCAUCAAUGUCUAUCACUGAAUUGUCUUCCAUUUUGACAUCGUCUAAGCAAUUUAUUCAUCAUGAUUUCGGUAAUCUGUUUUGUGAUAAUGUUUAUAUAAAAUAUCGCCGUUAUGCUAAGUAA